AUGCAGUCGGACGAUCUCUUCGUUCGUAAGAUGCGACGCCACUCGAACCGCCCGCCGCUCACCUCGUUCUCCUUUGACAACUUCCGGGCCCCCAAGCCCCAGGUGGGCGAAGGCCCACUAGUGGGCCACUGUGGACCGCCGCUGAGGUCGCCGCAGCGCAGCGGUCUCAUGCAUCGCAGUAACAGCGAUGUGACCCUGAGCGAAGGGGAGCUGGCGGCCGCAGCAGGGACUCCCAGCUCGUCGUUGCCGCUGGCUGUAGCCUCCGGGACAGGGUUCCAGCGAAACAGCAGCAGCCCCGUCAUGCCCUCAAAGAGCAUGGCGCCCCCUCGAGCCCGGGCACACAGCCACGAAGAGUCCCGGGUGGGCAGUCCCACCGCCCGGCGUUUCCGCGACCCCCUGCUCCUGCUGGGACUGGCGUCCUCGGACGUGUGGGAAUCGGAGAGGGGCGGCACCCCGUCAGCGGAGACCAGCGUAUCCCUUCCUGCAUCGGAGGCGGCCACGCCGGUGUGGGGCCGCCACCUGGCCCAUUACGACGUCCAGAGUAUCCUCUUUGAGCCCGGCGAGGGGGCCCAGGAAGCAGCCAGGCAGUGCAACAUCACCACGGGUGCCUCGGCGGCUUCACAGUCCCGCACGGCGGACGUGACGCUGAUUCUGGAGGACGGAGCCGAAGAGGAAGAAGGGGGCACGCUGGUGCUCAGCUGCUCCGCCUUUCGCGUGGAAGCCGGAGGGGAAGUGGAACGGGGGCUAGGCCAACACCGGGGGCUACCGGCGGGCUUCCACUGUCCAAACAUGGCCGUAUCGGUGCUGGAGGAACCCCGUGAAAGUUACGGACAGAGGAGCAGCCGUGUGAUGCACGCCAUCGAGUAUGCCGAUCUCGGAGCCUGUUACUACCGGAAGCAUUUUUACGGCAAAGAACACCAAAAUUUCUUCGGGGUGGAUGAUCAGCUGGGCGCGGUGGCCAUUUCACUCCGUCGCGAAGAGAAGGAAGGCAGCGCGGGUCCUCAGUUUAAUUACCGUCUUAUCAUUCGCACAAGCCAGCUGCGGACUCUGCGUGGAUCCAUUUUGGAGGAUGGGCUGCCUCUCACCGCUCGCCAUGGAUCUCCCCGUGGUGUCCCUCCCAAGAAGCUGCUGGAUCACCUCAUGCCGGAGCUCAACCUGCAGUGUCUCCGUCUCGCUUCCAGCUCCCCAAAAGUCCCCGAGACGUUGCUGAAGUUGGACGAGCAAGGGCUCAGCUUCCAGCGCAAAGUGGGGGUCCUGUAUUGCCGGGAGAAGCAGGGCUCGGAAGAGGACAUGUACAAUAAUGAGAAGUCUGGACCCACCUUUGAGGAGUUCCUGAACCUUCUGGGCGAGCGGAUCCGCCUGCUUGGCUUUGACAAGUACCGUGCCCAGCUGGACAACAAGAACGACUCCACGGGGACCCACUCUCUGUAUACCACAUAUCAGGACUAUGAGAUUAUGUUCCACGUCUCCACCAUGUUGCCCUACACACCAAACAACCGCCAGCAGCUGUUGAGGAAGCGACACAUUGGCAAUGACAUUGUCACCAUCAUCUUCCAAGAGCCGGGAGCCCUCCCCUUCACACCCCGCUUGGUCCGUUCCCAGUUCCAGCAUGUUUUCAUUGUGGUUAGAGUACACAGUUCCUCCACCGACCAUACCACCUACAGCGUGGCUGUCAGCUGCACCGAGGACAUCCCGCACUUCGGCCCUUCCAUUCCCGCCGAGAACUGUUUCCUGAAGGGCCCAGCUUUCCGGGACCUCCUGCUCGCCAAGGUGAUCAACGCGGAAAACGCCGCCGAACGCUCGGGCAAGUUCCACGCCAUGGCCACCCGGACGCGCCAGGAGUACCUCCGCGACUUGGCCCUCAACCACGUCACCACCAGCACCUUGGAGUCCUCCACCUCCCGCCGGCCGCUGAUCACGUUGCCGGCGGCCAAGAAGCGAGAAAAGUCCAAGGUUCCCAAGGGGGCCGAGGCCCACAGCGCAGGGGCUUUGGUGUGGGGCGUCUGGGCCCGGGACGGGAGCAAAGAACCCAACAGCAAGACGUUGGAGCUCCGGUGCCUGCUGGGCAUCUCGUCGGAGUUUCUAGUCCUCAUUGAGGCCCGCGAGAAGAGAGUGGUUUUCAACUGCUCGUGCCGGGACGUCCUAGCUUGGACCUUUUUGGAGAGUUGCACCUUGGACCUUUAUUACGAGACCGGGGAUUACAUUUGCAUGCGUGUGGACGAGGGUCAAGCGUCCGACAUUCGGGAUAUCGUCCAUCGGCUUCAAUUGGUGACCCGCGGGUGCGAGACGCGGGAACUGACCCUCUUACGGAACGGCGUCGGCCAGCUGGGCUUCCAAAUGGACCACGAAGGGUUUGUAACCGAAGUGGAACGCUUCACCUUUGCGGAAAAAGCCGGGCUCCAGCCAGGGGCCCGCCUGGUCCGUGUGUGCGAGAGGCCCUUGCCCGGCCUGACGCCCCCCCAGACCGCCGAACUCCUCCGCACGGCGAAAAAAGUCACCAUCACGGUCGUUCCUCCGGACGAGAACGGAAGACCCAGAAGGUGA